UUUUAGGCUGCGGAUUGUUCCAGGAUUUUUGCAGGAAAUUGUUGGUACAAAUUCAUAAUAUGUUAAUUAAAUCUAGCGAAAAUGAAUGCUGAAUUGCUGAAAGCUGUGCUGUUAAAUGAUCUGAGGUUAUUACAAGGGUGCAUAGAGAAAGGUAUUGAUGUCAAUGAAGCGGAUGGGAACGGAACUUCGCCGUUACAUUUAGCAAGCUUUUAUGGAUAUCAUGCAAUUGUGAAUGCACUCAUUGAUGCACGUGCAAGAGUCGAUGCACGUGAUCGAGAGUGGUGUACACCGCUUCAGAGGGCUUGUCUUCAUAAUCAUCCAAAUACAGUGAAAAUCUUGAUUAGCCAUGGUGCAAGGCCAAAUAGUGCAACGAAACAGUUCAUGACAUCGUUGCAUAUAUGUGCGCAAGUUAAUGCAUUGACUUGUGCCGAAGUGAUCCUUGAUAAUUGUGAUUCGAUUAUUGAUCGUCCAGAUUGGGGUGGUUGUCCACCACUUCACUAUGCAGCAUUCUAUGGAAAUUCAGCCUUUGUCGAGUUUUUAUUGAAAAGAAAUGCUAGUCCAAAUACUAAAAAUAAACGAGGUAUGACUGCAGCGCAUUGGACUGCACUAAAUGGGCAUAGCGAUGUGCUAAAGCUGCUUUUUAAUGGUGGAAUUGAUAUGAAAUUGCGAGAUCAACAGAUGAGGACGGUCCUGCAUUAUGCGGCAAUGUCUGGUGAUAUGGAUUCUGUGAAGUUUAUCCUAGAAAACACAUCAAUACCCAUUAAUAGCCAAUGUUCCUCUGGUUACACUCCGUUACAUUAUGCUGUAUUAAAUGGACGUAGUCGAGUUGCUGAAAUGUUAGUCAGUAAUGGGGCUAACCCAUUCAUUGCAAGUUAUUCCGAUGGAUUUAUACCUCUUCAUAUUGCUGCGGGUUUUACCGAAGGCACCCUAAGUUGUGAUUUACUGAUUGAAGUAACCCAUGAAAUUGGUUACCAAACAGCUGAUGGUAGUACAGCUUUACAUUUCGCUUGCCAGUAUGGCCGAAUAUCAAGAUCAAAAUCACUGAUAGCCAAAGGUGCGCCGAUAAAUGCAGCGACAAAUCAAGGUGUUACUGCACUUCAUAUGGCCUCCAGACAUGGCCAUGAUCUUAUUGUCAAGCAUCUUUUGGGUGCAGGAGCGGAUUGCAGCUUAAAAACUAAAUCUGGUCUAACUGCAUUACAUCUUGCUGCAUUUCAUGGUUACGUAGUCGUUGCACGAACGCUCCACAAUAGUGGAGCCAACAUUGGAGAGGUGGAUCGUAUUGGACGAACAGCUUUGCAUAUGGCUACACAGUCUGCAAGCUCUAAUAGCGAAUUUAUGGUUGAUUAUUUGCUCUCAAUCAGUAUUCCGGUAUCAAGAGUGGAUUGCAAAGGUCGCUCUGCGUUACAUUAUGCUGCUCGAAGCGGUUUCUUCCACGCUAUUCAGAAAUUGCUGGCUUCAGGUGCUCGUACAAAUGAACAAGAUCAUUUAGGAUACACUCCGUUACAUUAUGCUGUGCAAUCGCCUUCGGAUCUCGCAUUAGUUAGUACCAAAAUAUUAUUACGUGCUGAUGGUAAAGUUGUACAAGUCAGAGACAAAUCAGGUUUUCUUCCCGUUCAUCAUGCGGUUAAAGCUGGCAAUUUAGAAACAGUCUUACUUUUAUUAGAUGCAAUGUCUGAUGUCACCGUUCCUUCAUCCGGUUAUCCUUAUCAUCUUACACUGUACCAUAUAGCAGCUCGUUAUAAUCAUGCCCAGCUAUUACAAAAGCUAUUAGCUUUCUAUCAUGCACGUUCAAUGACGCUUGAUAAGGAACAGACAACGAAAAUUGGAAAUACUAUAGGUCUUGAAAUGGAUUCAUGUGAACGAAUUCCCAUUCAUUAUGCUAUGUCAGGCGGCUAUCAGCGAUGUGUAGAUAUCCUUUUGCGAACAUCAAUUAGGAAACGUGCUUUACUGCGGAAGGACUGCUUUGGUAUGACACCGUUGCAUGCCGCAGCUGCAUGUGGAAGGACCGUUUGCAUUUCUCUUGCUGUAGAAUUGCUCAAAGAAAAAGAUUUCAACGUUUUAGAUUCUUUACUAAGGACUCCUAUCAUGCUUGCUAUUUCAAAUGGUUUUUUGGAUUGUUUCCUUGCAUUAUUACCAAAAAGUGAUGUAAAAUUAUUCGACAAAAAUGGUCGUGGUUUAAUGCAUCGGGCUUGUAGUCUGCGGAACGAAGUUUUAUGCAAGGAAUUGGUGAAUAAGGGUGCUGAUUUCAAAUCGAUCGAUUGCAAUGGUGUUACGCCAUUUCAUAUUGCAGCAAGAUCGGGUGAUUCAGCAACUGUCAAUUAUUUGCUAGCCAAUGGUGUGCAGGAAACAGUAGAUCGUGCUGGAUUAACUGCUUUUGAUUGGGCAGCUGUCGAGGGUAACGAAAGUGUUUUGCAUAUUCUUCAUGAUGCUAACAAGAAUACAAAUAGGAGUAUGGCCACAAUACUGGCAGCAUCCUCUGGACAUGUUGAGGCAUGCCAGUUCUUAUUGCAAAUAAAUAUGGAAUAUGCAAAAGCAACUGAUGUUUAUGGCCGUACAGCUUUGCAUCACGCAGCACAACAGGGUUAUGCAAAAGUUGCAUCCACGCUGCUCAUUGCUGGCGCUGAUCCUUCAGCAUUAGAUGUCUUUCACAUAACUCCAUUGAUGGCAGCUGCAAGUUGCAGUGACCCCGCUCAUGCACUGGAAAUUAUCGGCUUGUUAAUUGAACAGUCUGCAUUGUUGGAGGCAAUCGACAUAGUUGGUAAUACGGUUUUCCAUCAUGCAUGCAUGGCUAGUAAUGAGAUGGUAGCAGUUUAUUUGCUGAAUCAUGUCAAACCGGUUCCUGCCAAUGGACAUGCGAAACACAUUAUCAAUUUUCAAAAUAAUCAGAAGCAAACUAUUCUGCAUUUGGCUUGUAAAGCGGGAAUGAUUACACUCAUUCGUAAUAUAUUAAGAAUCUCAUCUUAUUCUUUAUCAUUAAUGGAUGAUAAAGGACGCAUACCAUUAGUCGCACCAGUUGAAGAUGAGGCUGUAAUCGAUUGCAUGUUGUGCAUGCUGGAUACAUUUGUUGGAGCCAUGAAUAAAGAUGGGUUCUUAGCAGCAAGACAAACAGAUGCACCUAUUUAUUUUCCAUCAUCCAUAGAAGAAACCGAGGCUGAAGCAGAAGGCGAUUUCUUUUGACGAAUAACGCUUGUUUUGCAGUUUGUGUUUUCAAUUUAUGAAUUUUAUUUUCAAUUUAUGAAUUUUAUGUUGUAUGCGGGUAUGCCUC